CGCCGCGCAGGCUCCGGGCAGCGGCCGCGCCUCCGCCAGCCCCGGGCUCGCCGGCGGCAGGGGAGGGGAGGGUACGAAAAGAAACAAAGCGCAUGAAAGGAAGGAAGGAAGCGCCCUCAGCGCUCAGCAGCCAGGAGACCGCUGGGGACAGGGACCUGCCGCUUCCGCGAUGCUGCGCAGGAGGUCUGGACCAAACAGGGUUUAGCCCUGUCCCUGAUAUUUUGGGACCCUCCUGUGGCAUGGCAGCCCUUUGCAGGCUGAUCCUUGGAUAGGAUCCCGGUAUCAGCAUGAAGGGAAGAGCUGCCGGCGGAGCGGCCGAGGCGCAGCAGCCGCGCCCCUGUGACCGCUACAAGCACGCCUGUGCUGAGUGCAGGGGCUUUGUUUAUCUCUACGGAGGGCACGGCAGCACCACGCUGAGGGACUUCUGGAGAUACCACACAGUGACAAAUGAAUGGGAAAUGUUGGAUUGCUCAAGAGACGGUCCAGAAGAACUGGAAGAACAUUCAAUGGUGGCUUAUAAGGGCAGCCUGUAUAUUUUUGGUGGAAUGGUGGAUUCUGCUUUCACACAAGCAAAAACUCCUCUCUGGAUAUAUGACAUUGAUUCCGCAAGAUGGACAGAGAGCUGCAACGAACCAGCAGAGACGGAGAGCUCUGCACCAGCUAACAGAAAAGGUCACAGUGCAGUCGUGUACCAUUCCAGCAUGUACAUCUAUGGGGGAUACUUUGGCAUCAAAGGCAUUUGUCAGGAGUUUUGGGAAUUCCAUUUUGAUACCAGGAAGUGGGUGUGUGUCUCCAGCCCCGGCCACAGCAGCGGCCCCGGGGCGCGGCACGGCCACUCGGCAGUGGUUUAUCACACAGCCAUGUACCUCUUUGGGGGGCUGGUGGGGCUCACUGAGCAGAGGGACUUGUGGAAGUGGGACUUUGCAAGCAGCAGCUGGUCCAGCAUCAGAACAAGCCAAGGACCUCCUCCAGUGGUAGGUCACGCUUCAGUAGUCUGCAAAGACUCUAUGCUGAUUUUUGGUGGAGGGAUUUCCAAUUCCAGCCCUAACGAUGACCUCUGGAAGUAUCAUUUCCAUACGCAGACAUGGAAGAAGCUUAGCAGUACUACAAAGGGAAGCUUUUCUCCUAAAAUGUAUCACUGCAUCUUAGGAAUUGGUGUGGACUUCCAAACUACCUCAGAUUUCACUGAUACGUUCCCCAGCCACUGCAAGAGUGAGCAGAAGGCCCAUCCCCAGCUGGUGCCCAUCCUGAGGCACUCUGGCUUUUGCAGCUUCUUCUGCCCACAGCCCACGGAGCGGAGCAACGCCAUCGAAAUGAAAACCUUCAGCCUGCCCCUGCAGCCAGCAGAAUUCCCUGCCUCCCACACCACUUCAGAGACAGGACUAGGCCCAAAGAGAGACAGGAGCUGUUUGUCCAAGGACAAGGCUCUCCCUCUGUUGGCCUGUUCAGGAGAGGCUUUUGCUGCUGCUCAGGCUGUGGGUGAAGAGGAGAGACCUGACUGGGGGUGUGUGGCCACGGGGGGUGGGAUCAGCAGGACCAACACACUGCUGCUCAUCGGGGGCAAACCCUUGUCCAGCUUCUCUGAGAUCUCCUUCAGGCAAAUGGAGUUUGAUUGCUUGUGAUUGCUUUGCUUGCAAAGUGAAGGAAUAAAUUUCCACCACCGUGGCAGUAGGUGGAAAACCAA